AUGGGUCAAGUGCGCAGCCGGGAUGUCCGUUCGGACGUGGUGUCCUACCGGGUCUCCAAGUUGGUACUGUGGCGUGUCCGGCGCAGGUGCGACUCUGCCGCCGGCGGCCGUUCGAACCUCGGCGCGGGUGGCCGCGCGGGUCUCCAUCGGGGAGAUUUCUCGCCGCGCCUCGUCGGUGGUGGUGGCGUAUCAGGUUGCGGCGGUGGUGGCCAUCGGGGAGGGAGCGCCUCGCCUUUUGGUGAGGGUGGUCUCGUCGGCGACCCCUCGUUCCGCGGUACCUCCGGCAGCCAGCCCGGCGGAGAGGCAGCCCGAACGUCGACCUCCUCCUGGGGCGGCACCCACGGUUCGGCGAUAUACCUCGGAGUGGGUGGGCAUGCCGGCUCCUAUCACAGCUGCUGCUCCUCUUCCUCAGCUCGUCGCAAACGGGCUGCCAUUCAGGGUCCUCCUACAUCUCUCGCAGCCGCGCUUCCUCCGUCCUCCUCCGCGCCCCUAGGUUAA